AUCGGAUAUAUGCAGGCCGCUGCGCGUGUGUGUGUGUAGCACGUCAACUUCCGUAGACCUGCCGCCAUCCCACUUUCCCGUAACCUUCUCUUGGCUCUAGCUUUGCCAGUACUAGUAGACCAGAGAUAAACAAUGCGCUGCGAGCUUAACAUUAUCAUCAUCUUAUAAAACUAGUACGGAGUACUACCAGUUGUGGGAGUACUUAAUUUUAGUAGUACGUACUCCGUAGUGCAUAAAUCACGGGCUAGCUUAACGCGUCUGGUUGGUACUCCAAUCGGAAGCAAAUUAUUCGCGGAGGGAUGGGGGGUGAACUGCUACAGAGCACGGACCAGGCCGGGGCGCGGCGCGGGCGCGGCGUGCAGUUCCGGAUGCCGCGGCGGCCGGCGCUGCUGGCGGCGGGGCCGCCGCUGGUGCUACCGGGAAAGGCGAAGAAGCAGCAGCAGAGGAAGAAGAAGAUGGCGGUGGCGCGGCUGGGCGGCGGCGGCGGCGGGCGGAAGCGGCUGCUGGGGGCGAUCCGGCGGCUGCGGAUGCGGUGGGUGGCGGCGGCGUACCGGCGGGCGGUGCGGCGGCUGCGCGCCUUCUACGCCAGGGCGCUCGAGGACCUCCUCGUGGGCGCCGCCGCCAUCAGCACGCUGCGCGCCGAGGCGGCCGGCGCCGACUACUGCUCCUUCGGCGCCGCCUUCGCGCCCGUCGUCUCCGUCCCCGGCCGCCGCUGACCUCCGUCGGCCCGGCCCGCCCAUGCGGACGCGAGAGGCUAGCACUACUCAACACAUGCAGCGACAACAGCGCGCAAAGGAUCGAGCAUUCGAGCUGCAACUGCGCCUCUGCGCGCGCGCAUGACGGCAUGAGCAGGGGAUCAUAUCGAUCGAUCGAGCCAUGGGUGCGCCCGUGUGCUUGUUUAUGUAUAGUACUCCUGAAUCCUGAUUGGCCUUCGAAGUGCUAUACUCUUUUGCUUUUAGCUUCGCUUGUCGUCGAUCUGGUGCUAGCUUGGCCUUCUUCCUGCUUCUUCAUCCCACCUUCUUCUCUUUUCCGCUCUCACCUCCUUAAUCUUGUGUGCGUCGUGUUCUUCGAUUUCGGUUAAUUAGCUAGCGCCUACCGCGUACAGUACUACUGUACAAUUGGUACUGAUUACUAGUUCCUGAAUUCGUGGAAGACGUGUAAUUAAGUAGACUAAACGAGAGAAGAAACCUGCACGAUCAAAGUUUCUUAAUAUUUCGUCCAGGUCAUGUAAUUAGCUAGCUUGUACUAUACUUAUAUGUUCCCUUUCAGAGUUUCAUUUAGCUUGUGUA